CCCAUGGCUCACCCCUGCAGAAAAUGUCAAAAUAAGUCGUCGAAAAAAAAAAUAAAAACAUUCCUUCACUUGCGAAAAGCCGCACGGGCAGGAAUUACUUCUGAAUCAAAUUAGAACAAAAUUACGAAAUCCCUUAGAACAGAUUGUGCAGCGUACGAGUAUCGAUUACAGUUAAUCGGUGACGAAUCAUAUUUGCAAGAAUGCUUACGAUUUCGCGUAAACUUGGUGGCGCUGUUUCGCGGCAGGUUUUACGCAGUAGCGCAGCACCACUUGGCCAGGCUCGAACCUUCUCGACAGAAAAAAAAUACAGUAUCAAAGAUGAAGUGCUCGACGGAAGGCCUCUUUAUCUGGACGCUCAGGCGACGACUUCAAUGGAUCCCCGAGUUCUGGACGCAAUGAUGCCAUACAUGACGGCUUACUAUGGGAAUCCACAUUCACGAACGCACGCUUAUGGCUGGGAAUCGGAGGGAGCAAUGGAGAAAGCCCGUUCGCAAGUGGCCAGCCUGAUUGGUGCUGAUCCGAAGGAGAUCAUUUUCACAUCCGGUGCAACGGAGUCGAACAACAUAUCCGUUAAGGGAGUUGCACGGUUCUACGGCGCCAAGAAGAAGCACGUCAUUACAACCCAAACGGAGCACAAGUGCGUGCUGGACUCAUGCAGAGCUCUCGAGGGGGAAGGUUUCCGUGUGACGUAUCUUCCCGUGCAGACCAAUGGUCUGAUCGAUAUGGAAGAGUUGGAUAAGGCGAUCACACCGGAAACGGCGCUGGUGUCGAUCAUGACGGUGAAUAACGAAAUCGGUGUGAAGCAACCGGUAGCCGAGAUUGGAAAGUUGUGCAAAUCUAAGAAAGUAUUUUUUCACACCGAUGCCGCUCAAGCAGUGGGAAAGAUUCCAUUAGAUGUGAACAAGAUGAACAUUGACUUGAUGUCAAUUUCCGGCCAUAAAAUCUACGGUCCGAAGGGAAUCGGUGCACUUUAUGUGCGUCGUCGCCCUCGAGUCAGAGUGGAAGCGAUUCAAAGCGGCGGUGGCCAAGAGCGUGGCAUCCGAAGUGGAACCGUUCCGACUCCGUUGGUCGUUGGACUGGGAGAGGCUUGUGAGAUUGCCAGUCGAGAAAUGGAAUACGACCACAAGUGGAUGGAGUACCUUUCGAAACGCUUGAUGGAUCGGAUUUUUGCAACCUUGCCGAAGGUGAUCCGCAACGGCGACCCAAUCCAUUCGUAUCCCGGAUGCGUGAACCUUUCCUUUGCAUACGUCGAGGGUGAAUCACUGCUGAUGGCCCUGAAAGACGUAGCCCUAUCGAGUGGAUCCGCUUGUACUUCGGCAUCCUUGGAACCAUCGUAUGUGCUGAGGGCUAUCGGUGCCGACGAGGAUUUGGCGCACAGCUCCAUUCGAUUCGGAAUCGGCCGGUUUACUACGGUUGAGGAGAUUGACUACAUUGCAGAGAAGUGCAUCAAACACGUGACUAGGCUGCGUGAGAUGUCGCCCCUGUGGGAAAUGGUGCAGGAAGGCAUCGACAUCAAGUCGAUCCAAUGGUCGCAACAUUAGAGGGCGUGACAGAGAUUGGGGAUGCCACUUGUUUGUUUUGAGAUAUACAAUUGAAAUCUGGAAGCGGUUUUUUGAUAAUGAUUGAUAAAGCAUACACUUUUCUGUUCCAAUUGCUUGAUGGAGAGACUGUUAGAGCUUAGGUGUAAUAAGCUAAAGAGGACGGCAAUAAAAUUUACAAAUUGA